AUGGAUGAAGGCAACCAGAGCCACCUCUAUGAAUUCAUCCUCCAGGGUCUUUCAGAGCAAUCAGCCCAUCAAUGGAUCUGGUUUACCCUCUUCUUCUGGCUGUAUCUGGUUGCUUUGACAGGGAACUUGCUCAUCUCCAUGGCCAUCCUGCUAGAUGGUCAUCUGCACAAGCCCAUGUAUUUCUUCCUGGCCCACCUCUCUCUAGCUGAUGCCUGCUUUGUCUCCACCACAGUGCCCAAUCUGCUAGUGAACAUCGGAACUCAUGACAGGAGCAUCUCUUACCCCAGAUGCAUGACCCAGCUCUACUUUUUCCUGACCUUUGGUGACCUAGAUAUCUUCCUCUUGGCCGUGAUGGCCUAUGAUCGCUACGUGGCCAUCUGCUACCCGCUCCACUAUGCUACAGCCCUGGGCCCCACACACUGUGCCUUCCUGGUGGUCAUCUGCUGGCUCCUCACCAGCCUGGUGGCCAUCACACACACUCUGCUCACGGCCCGGCUCUCCUUCUGCACACCGAAACCCAUCCCAGGCUUUUUCUGUGACCUGGGACCCCUGAUGCAAGUGUCAUGCUCUGACACCCAGGCUAACAUGUUGGUGCUGCUCACCCUGGGGGGCGCUGUCAUCCUCAUCCCCUUUAUCCUCAUUCUGGUCUCUUAUACCCACAUUGCCUUGGCCAUCUUCAGGACCCCAUCUGCCCAGGGGAGGCACAAAGCCUUCUCCACCUGUGGCUCCCACCUUACCGUAGUCUUUCUAUUCUUUGGGACAGUGAUCCGGGCAUAUCUGUGCCCCACAGACCCUGGCUCAGCUGCUGCAGGGGACACAGUGGCCAUUGUCAUGUACACAGUUAUCACACCCACAGUGAAUCCUUUCAUCUACAGCCUGAGGAACCGUGAUAUGCAGACAGCUCUGGCCAGGCUCAUCCUAGGGAAGACCCUGAGAAGAAAAGCAAGGUAG